CGAUCCUCCGACAUCCUGUCUGCAAUCACAUCAGGUCGCUAAGCAGACAUGCCAAGAUGGAGCCGUAGACCGUACCAACAUAUUCAGCAUUAUCCUCAUCUAGCCUCAUUCCGUGCCCCCCCCCUCCCCCCUCUGUUCUAGCUCAGAGAAUCGCCAGCAACAAUGGCCGUAAAAGCUCUCAUCUCAACCCUAGAGGAUGAAAUCCUUGACCCCGAAGAGGAAACCUUUUUCCUUUUCUCCCACAACAUCCCGUCCUCGAACCUGGGCUUCAUCGACCCAAAGGCUACCGAACUCUCCCUGACGCUGGCGGGCAGAGACUUCACGAUCCACCAGUCCCCCACGGUCCUCUCAUCGACCCGCGCUGGAGGCACGACAGGGGCCGUCCUCUGGAAAAUAACACCCCUCUUCGCAACCUACCUCUCAUCCCCAACCUCCCCCUUCUCGCCAGUCUUCACACCAACCUCGACAGUCCUCGAACUAGGCUGCGGCAUCUCCCCCCUAACAGCCCUCCUCCUCGCCCCGCGCAUCGCCCGCUACAUCCUAACAGACCAGCCCUACGUCGCGCGCAUGAUCCACCAGAACCUCGAAGCGAAUCCCCUUCCCAAGUCUUCGUCCUCGGGUCACUCGUCAACCUCGCGCCGUUCACGAAAAGCAGCAAGCUCAACAACAACUACCUCUUCCUCCUCAUCAUCAUCAUCAACCCCCGGAACAAUCUCCUUCCACCCCUUAGACUGGGAAACCGACACCCCAGACCCCUCCCUAACCGGCGUCCCCCCCACCACCGCCCGCUCCUUCGACGCAGUCAUCUGCUGCGACUGCAUCUACAACGAAGCCCUCGUCGAGCCCCUCGUCUCCACCACCGCCGACCUCGCUCGUCUCCGGCUCCGCGCUCAGAAACAAGACCGCGAAGAAGAAGACGAGGCUGCCGACAACAACGCCUCCUCCUCUUCAACGACGGCAGCGGACCGGUCCGAGCCGUGUGUCUGCAUCGUGGCGCAGCAGCUCCGCAGCCCCGACGUCUUUGAGGAAUGGAUCGGCGCGUUCCAUCGCGACUUUCGAACCUGGCGCGUGCCGGAUGCGUUGCUGCCGGAGGGGUUGCGGAUUGAGUCUGGGUUUGUGGUGCAUGUUGGGAUCUUGAGGGAAGCUGGGUGGGAUUUCUAGAUAUUCCUAGUGGUUGGAAUCCAGGCCAUACUAUCAGCAUCAUUACAACGUCUAAUGAUGAAUACACAGCGUCCUCGCGAUUUCACAA